GGGCAGCUGUCUGCUCCACGAGGCAGCAAGGCCAUGUUGGAGAGGAAACAGUUCUGCCAGUGGCCCUGUAAGUGCAGGGUUAAGCCCCAGUGUGCCCCUGGGUUCAGCUCUGUGCUGGACAGCUGCGGCUGCUGUAAGAGCUGUGCCCAGCAGAUCAGAGAGGCCUGCAAUGAGAGGGACAUCUGCGACCCCCACAAGGGCAUGUACUGCAAUUUCUCUAAAGACCAGCUGCGAUAUGAGGCCGGAGUCUGCGCUUACUUGAUGGCAGUGGGCUGUGACUUGAACGGGGUCCACUAUGAGAACGGCGAGGCCUUUCAGCCCAGAUCAAUGUAUAAGUGCACAUGCACUAUCGUCUACACCCUGGCCUUCAUACCCUGGCCUGCUGUUCUCCUGGGUCCUGCCCCUCUGAGGAGCAACACUUCUAGGAAGCACCAGCAGGAUACGACCUACAUGGCCGCCAUGCCAGGUGCAGGCGGGUUUCUUCCUCUAGCCGUCUGGGUGUUCACCCGGUGCCCUUUAAUACUGAACGCUUACAGGGAUCCUCCUUUAGUCUGGAUGAAGAACUGCCUGAUCCAGACCACUCCAUGGAGUCCCUGCUCCAAGACCUGCGGCCUGGGUAUCUCAGUCCGGGUCAACAACGACAACGGCAAGUGUGAGAUGAGGAAGGACCGCUGCCUCAGCCUGCUGCAGCCGUGUGAGAAGAGCAUCAUGAAGAACAUGCAGAGAGGAAAGAGAUGUAAGUCCAAGUUCCAGGCCAAGAAAGCUGAGAAGCUGACCUUGUCUGGGUGUAGCAUCACCAGGAGUGUCGAACCCACUUACUGCGGCAUCUGCACCGACAAGCGCUGCUGCGUCCACAACAAAUCCAAAAUGGUGUCCGUCAACUUCAAGUGCAACGGCGGCUCCAACGUGCGCUGGAAGAUGCAGUGGAUAACGUCCUGCGUGUGCCAGAGUAUGUGCGACGACCCUGGGGACGUGUUCGCAGAGCUACGCUUCUUCUAGCACCUUGUCUAGCAUCUAUAUCAACCUUUGAGCCUCAUCCAUUUUGAUGCCUACAGACUCCAACACACAGGCCUUACUGCCUCUGACCGAGUCAUCCAUAUCCCUGCCUACAGAUUCCAACACAUGCCUGGCCUUACUGCCUCUGACCGAGUCAUGGUGGUUAAGCGGACAGGACUUAACCUUCAGUCUGGACAUCAACUGCUCCUGAACAGUGCCUGUGUUCUCUGGCUAGAUUCACGUGGGCUGAUAUGAAAGUUGAAACACGUGGAACCUCAACUCAUGAAGUGUGACUGGAUAGAGACAACUAGGGUUUGGCUGAUUACUUAACAAUUAACAUGAAGAGAAACGUAAUGUAAGUAAUGACAAUUUGGAGUUGAACCUCAAAUGCUAUGGUUUUUACAGUACCUCAUUAACAGUAGGGCUGUCCCUGAGGCCAAUAGUGGUAACAGGGAUAGAUAGAGCAAACAUGUUCUGGGUCAGUUAUCUUCUUAAACCUUUUUUAUGAUCUAGAGAACAACUGAUCGUAACCCCUUAUCAAUACCAAACACAGUGUUAUACCAGCUGGAUAAAAAAUGAAUCUUUCUACCAGUUAAUUCUCAACCAAGUUAGCUCCAAAAUAUCUUACAAUCUCAUAUCCACUUUGAUUCACUACAGAUUUGGAUUGUUAGUUUGAAUUGUUAGUUUGGUAUAAAUGUUUAUUUGUAUUGUUGACAUAAUAACCUUUUGUCAAGGUAUACAUACUCACUACUCAGCAAUCCAUUGUCAUGUAUUUUGACGGAUGAGGAAUAUAAUUUAUGCACAAAAGUGUACGAAAUCGUUUGAAACUUGUA